ACCAAACCACCAUUAAACUUCAAUGCUUUUCGCGCCGGUACGAAAACGAUGCCGCUAUCCACCGUCGCCUCGCCGCCGCCGCCGUCCGAAGAGGCAUGGUCACCUCACGACGGUAACGCUUACGACAUUAACGACGACUGCGCUUCGUUCACCAUCGAUUCACUGGACGAGGAGGGUUUCCCAUCACAGAUCCUCAGCGAACACGAGUUACCGAACACAUCAGAAGGAAGCAGUUUCGCCGCCGAUUUCUACAGUUGCGGAUCCGAUUGGUCCUCAUUGUUGCCAGGAGAAGAUCGUGGGCAAAGAGAUCUCGCUCGCGAUUCGGCCCCGAAGAAGUUGAAGCAGUCCAAUCUGUUCCAGAUUUGGGGUUUCAAACGAAACGGUGCCUCUGAACCAGAAUCCAGUCAUGGUGGUUAUUCUGGUAACGGAGAUGGUGGCGGUGUUUUUCCUGAGACGAAGAUUGUGACACCUGAAAAUUGGGGUUCGAUUUUGCGCGACACUGGGAAAGUGUUGGAGAACCCUAAAUCUUCUCGCAAGAGAAAUGAUUCCCAUAGAGAAAAUAGGGUUACACGUGCUUGCCCCUUCUAUAAGAAAAUGCCAGGGACAGCGUUUACUGUCGAUGCUUUUCGUUACGGGUGUGUUGAAGGGUGCUCAGCGUAUUUUCUUAGUCAUUUCCAUAGCGAUCACUAUGGUGGCCUUAGCAAGAAAUGGUCACAUGGCCCUAUUUAUUGCUCUCCUCUCACAGGACGGCUAGUUCAAAUGUGUCUCUAUGUAAAUCCUUCGUACAUCCACCCUUUGGAGUUUAACACUGAACGUGUGAUUGAUGGCGUCAAAGUGACUUUGUUAGAAGCUAAUCAUUGCCCUGGUGCAGCUUUGAUUCACUUUGACCUCCCAAAUGGGCAACGUUAUUUGCACACUGGGGACUUCAGAGCUUGUAAACAAAUGCAAACUCAUCAUCUUCUUGUAAAUCAUCGUGUAAAUGUACUAUAUUUGGAUACCACAUAUUGCAACCCUAAGUACAAGUUCCCUUCCAAGGAAGCUGUACUCAAUUAUGUUGUCAAAAUUACGAAGAACCACCUCAAAAUGCAUCCCAAAACUUUAGUGGUUGUUGGGGCAUAUAGUAUUGGCAAAGAAUGUGUAUAUCUUGCAAUUUCGAAGGCACUUGGGGUAAAAAUUUAUGCAAAUGCUUCUAGAAGACGAAUUUUGCUAGCUUUUGGUUGGCCUGAAUUUCCAGAUAGUCUCUGUACAAAUGGAAAUAACACACUUCUUCAUGUUCUGCCCAUGUCAUCUCUGAGAUUUGAGACGUUAAAGGAUUACUUGAAGACCUACAAGGAACAAUUUACAACAAUAUUGGCAUUUCGUCCAACAGGAUGGACUUUCAAUGAGAAGAUAAACAAUGAUCUGGAACUAAUUAAACCUGUUUCCAGAGCAAAUGUCACGAUAUAUGGAGUUCCUUAUAGUGAGCACUCCAGCUUCACAGAGCUGCAAGAUUUUGUUCAGUUUUUGAAGCCUGACAAGAUAAUUCCUACUGUGAAUGUUGGGAAUGCUGCUAAUCGAGAAAAGAUGCAAUCUUACUUCCGAGACUGGUUGAAGGCCUAAAGUCUCAGCUGUUCUUAAGAAAUUGAGUUUGUUAUCUGAUACUUCAGUUUAGGAACUAAUUGACGGGACUCAACAUUUAAUGUUGCUUGCAGGUGAUCCUUUUUGUACCUUAACCACAAAUGGCAACAGAGCUACGUUGUUCAGGUUGAUCGCGAUUUGUUCUCUGCUAAAAGUCUCUUUGAGAGAACCUAUUGCAGGACAAACAAAACAAUUUAGGACAACCAAAGGAGGAAAAUAUAGUAUUAAUUGUCAUACCUUCUGUUGUCUUCUAUGUAUUUUUUGCACUUGACCAUUUUGAUCAUUGUUUUUCAAUAUUGUAUAGAAAACAAUGUUAGCGGGGCGAAACAUGGUAGGUAAUAACAUUUUUUGGAGGUACAACAUGAUUCCCCCCUUAUUUAUCCAAAUCCAAAUGUAGGACAAUUAAUAGUUGGGGUUGGAUCUACAGGGUCUUGUUUAUCCCUAGAGCUUUUGCUUAAGUUGAUGGUAGUGGUGGCUUCUAUUUGAUAUUAUUUUGAGAAAUACACCAUUGUAUGAUUUACAACGCUAUUGUAUAUUAGCUGAGUUGAAUUGCUUCUCAUC